CAGAACUCCAGCUGCAGCUUGAGCCUGCCUCAGCGAUGGAGGGACAGAAUCUAGACCAGUUUUGACAUUAGCAGAAGGGGCCCAGACAGAGGCAGAGUGAGUGGGGCUGCAGGUCCACCCAGAACGCCACGAUGGCCCCAAGGCCCGUGCUCAGGAACAUCCAGGGGGUGCUGCAGAAGGAGAUGGUGCGGGAGUUCCUGGCCGAGACCAUGAGCACCUAUGUCAUGAUGGUGUUUGGCCUUGGUUCCGUGGCUCAUAUGGUUCUAGGAGGACCAAAGAUGGGGAGCUAUCUUGGUGUCAACUUGGGUUUUGGCUUCGGAGUCACCAUGGGUGUGCACGUGGGAGGCGGCAUCUCCGGAGCCCACAUGAACGCAGCCGUGACCUUCACCAACUGUGCACUAGGCCGGAUGCCCUGGAGGAAGUUCCCUGUGUACGUGCUGGGCCAGUUCCUGGGCUCCUUCUUAGCUGCAGCCACCACCUACUUACUGUUCUACGGUGCCAUUGACCACUUUGCGGGCGGAGACCUGUUGGUGACUGGUUCCCUAGCCACUGCCAAUAUUUUUGCCACCUAUCUUCCUGAACACAUGACCUUGUGGCAGGGCUUCCUGGAUGAGGUGUUCUUGACCGCGUUGCUCCAGCUGGGUCUCUUCGCCAUCACAGACAAGCGGAACAAUCCAGCGCUUCAGGGGACUGAGGCCCUGGUGAUAGGCAUCCUUGUUUGCAUCAUUGGGGUGUCCCUAGGCAUGAACUCAGGAUAUGCCAUCAACCCAUCCCGUGACCUGCCUCCCCGCUUCUUCACUUUCAUUGCUGGCUGGGGCAAACAGGUGUUCAGAGCCGGGAACAACUGGUGGUGGGUACCAGUGGUGGCACCCCUCCUGGGCUCCUACAUAGGUGGCAUUGUGUACCUGGGCCUGAUUCACUCCACUAUACCACGGGAACCUCAGAGUUUGGAGAUUGCUGAAGCAGGAGACCAGAAGAUAACCGUAUCAUCAUCCAAGGUUCCCCUCACCCCCAUCUCUGCGACCCUAGCUUCCACCCAACCGGCUCCACCCCCAAGUGACUCUGUGCCUGUGGAGCGCUUCUAAGCAGAGCUAUC